AUGACCACGCACGCACAAAGCGCCGAGGGCGUCUCCACACUCCAGCACACACCCCUUCGCUCGGCCUACACCCCCUCCCAGAUCCUCACCUACCUGGACCACGUCUCUUUCCCGCUGCCGCUGUCUUUCCCCCGCAACCCGCAAGCGCUCACCCUCCUCCACCGCCUGCAAAUCACCACCAUCCCGUACGAGAACCUGUCGCUGCACUACAACCCCCGCCACAUCAACGACAUCGACCCCCAGGCACUGUACCAGAAAUUCGUCGGCCCGCCGAGCCGCGGGCGGGGAGGCUACUGCUUCGAGACGGCCGUCUUCUGGCUGAACAUGCUGCGCGGCCUCGGCUUCACAGCCUACCACUGCCAGGCCUCGAUCCGCCUGCGCGACGGGCCGGUGCCCAAGGGCGACUUCGUCGGCCCGCGCCAUGUCGUCACCGUCGUCGAGUUCGGCCCCGAGCGCUGGGUGACGGACGUUGGGUUCGGCGGCGACGGUAUGACGGCUCCGCUGCCGCUGCUCCAGGGUCUCGAGCCUGGGCGCGAGUACCCGGUGCACAGGAACCUGGGGUCGCAGGAGGUGAGGAUCACGCGCGGCCUGUACCCCGGUGCCGUCUCGGAUGGGGAGGGCAACAAGGUGUGGUUUUACGAGUACCGCAACCGUCCGGAGGACGAAUGGAACAGGUACUUUGCGUUUGGCGACCGCGAGGCUUCGAGUUGGGAUCUAGAGUGUGCCAAUUAUUGGGUCUCGUCGCACCCCGAGAGCUUCCAGCGGAAACAGAUCCUUGUGGUCAAGUUCCUUAGGGACUCUGGUCAAGGGUUGAUAGAGGCUGCAGAUAAGUCUGACUCCGGUAAUAUUAUGAUCCCAGAAGUAGAAACGGGUGGGAAGAUUAUGCUUGCGGAUGGGGUGGUUAAGAGAAACCUUGGAGGCAAGACCGAUAUAGUGAAGGUAUGUCGUUCAGAGGAGGAGCGAGUACAGGCGUUGAGAGAAUAUUUUGGUAUUACUCUAAGUGAAGAUGAGCAACAGGGCGUAAAGGGAUUCGAGACGGCUCUGGCUUGA